GUACAGCCCCGAUUUGCAGACGCUGUGCGCAGAGGUUCAGGAGCAGAAGUCCCAUUAACCAGGGAACAGGCCGUUACUCAGUCUACGUGGCCAACUAUGCCAGUGGCAACAUCGGCCCCCACGCUCUCUUAGAAAUGGAUGAGGCUGCCAGUGAUGUCACCAAGGGCAUCGUGGCUCUGUCUGACGUGGCCGCAGAUGCCGGGGUCAACAAGCUCACAGGUGGACGUGGUGUGUUGGUUGGACCAAUCCUAAGCCAGUCGCGGUCGGAUGUGUUCUGCGACAAUGAGAAUGGACCAAACUUCCUGUUCAAGAAUAAUGGAGACGGUACUUUUGUUGAUAUGGCCAGACAGGCAGGUGUAGAGGACCGGUACCAGCAUGGCAGAGGAGUAGCACUAGCCGACUUCAACGGUGAUGGAAAGACAGACAUUGUCUAUGGCAACUGGAACGGCCCACACAGACUUUUCCUGCAAGGCAGUGACUCUAAAUUCCGGAACAUAGCCACUGGAGAAUUUGCUGCGCCCUCACCUAUUCGCACAGUCAUCGCUGCCGACUUUGACAAUGACAAGGAGCUGGAGGUGUUUUUCAACAACAUUGCUUACAAAGGCAAUGCCCCCAACAGGCUGUUCAGGGUGUCAAGGAGAGCUGGUGCAGAUCCUUUGAUCCAGGAACUUAAUGUGGGAGAUGCUGCGGAGCCACAAGGGAGAGGAACAGGUGGCACUGUGGCAGACUUAGAUGGGGAUGGACAGCUGGAGCUGCUGCUGGCACAUGGGGAGAGCGCCCAGCAGCCAAUCUCUGUCUUCAAGGUCACACAGGGCUCGUCCAACAACUGGCUGCGGGUCAUCCCUCGCACCCAGUUUGGCUCGUUUGCCCGGGGAGCCAAGGUAACAGCCUUCACCAAUCAGAGUGGAGCUCACACGCGCAUCAUUGACGGAGGCUCGGGGUACCUUUGUGAGAUGGAGCCUGUCGCACACUUUGGUUUAGGAAAUGAUGAGGUGACGGUGCUGGAGGUCUCCUGGCCCGACGGCAGCUCCAUCACUCGAACCCUACAGCCUGGUGAAUUGAACUCAGUGGUGGAAGUGGCCUAUCCCACAGAAGGGCAAACGGUUGUGCUUGCCAAUGACACGCAGUGUGGUAAAGGCUUUACUGUCAAGAAUGGCCACUGUGCAGGUCUGUGAGGAUAAUCACAUGGAAUGCAAUAUCAAAUUUCUGUGGAAAAUGUUACAGAAUACAUGGUUUUAAAAUACUUGUCUUUUUGUCGGGCCUAGUUGUUUUCUUUACUCUAUGAGUAGUUUUAGUCUUUUUGUGUUUUUCUUCUAGGUUAUGGAAAUUAUUUUGUAUGUGCCAUGGCAAACCCUUCUAAAUAAACUGCUACAAGUCAA